AUGUCGGGCAACGACGACAAGAUCGAGAGCGGCUACGUCGGUGUGCAGGAACCAGACGUGUUCACGAACCUCGAGCCGGCCAAACCGUACCAAGUCAAGUCGCCGCUCUUCCGCGAGUGUCUCGCCGAGUUCCUGGGCACCAUGGUCAUGAUCAUGUUCGGUGACGGCGUCGUGGCCCAGGUGGUGCUCAGCGAAGGCACCAAGGGCGAGUACAUCAACAUCAACUUGUGCUGGGGCCUCGGUGUGCUCUUCGGUAUCCACGUGUCGGGCGGAGUUUCGGGCGCGCACCUGAACCCCGCGGUGACCACGACGCUCGCGUGGUUUGGCCGCAUGGAGUGGAAGAAGGUCCCGUACUACAUCAUCUCGCAGAUCCUCGGCGCCUUCGCUGCCGCUUUCAUCGUCUGGGUCGUGUACUACCCCAUGUUCAACGUGAUCGACCCCCAGAAGACCUCGACGCAGGGCGUGUUUGCCACGUACCCGUACAGCAACGACGUGCCCGUUGGCACCUGCUUCCUCACGGAGGUGGUGGGCACGGCGAUGCUCAUGGGCUGCAUCUUCGCUAUCGGUGACGAGCUAAACAAGCCGGCCAACCCUUACACGCAGCCCGGCGCCGUGGCCCUACUUGUGGUGGCCAUCGGUAUGGCUUUCGGCAUGAACUCCGGCUACGCUAUCAACCCCGCGCGUGACUUCGGCCCUCGCCUCUUUUCGUGGAUCGCUGGCUGGGGGUCCGAGGUGUUCACGCUCCGCGACAGCUACUUCUGGGUGCCGAUUGUCGGCCCACUUCUCGGCGGCCCCAUUGGCGCCGGUGUGUACGUUGGCCUCAUUGAGCACCACCACCCGCGCGAGUACAAGCACCCGCUCGAAGGUCAGUAA